CGUCCUGUGCUUCGUCGAGUCGUGGUCCCAGAGGUCCAUGAAUGACAACUCUCUCUCUCUCGCCUUUCAUCCAUUCCACUCGUUCUUGCAACUCCUGGAAGGAAAGUCGUCUAGUUCUUGCACCGUAUGCAAAUUUGGCCACAUUUUGAAACUCAAUUAGUUUACAGACUUUGGUUAGAAUUUGGCGUCGUGUGUUAAACAUACACGAUGAAAACCAAACGAUCUGUUUAAUUCCAGUGAAAACAAAUAAGGAAGUGUUGACUUAACUGUGAAGAGGUUAAAACGUGUCAUUUUUACGGAACAGUUAUGUAUGUGGAAGGCGGUUUGGAAGUGUUGGCUUAGUUGCAUACCUUGAGUCGAAGGAUAGUGUUCGAUGAGAGAACAGUGACGAGAAACUUUGGAGAAAGUGAGACCGGUGAUUCAUUUCAGUUAAAUUCAUCGGAAUGUCUCACACAUGACCGACGGUGGAAACAUGACUAAUUAAAAGUUAUCUAUCAAAUAGUUUCUUUUUUUAUCGAGAAGCAUUCAACACUGCACAAGUGCAUUUGCAUACACAAAUUGGGUAAAUUGACACUUGAAUGAAAUAUGUGUUACGUUUUUACGUCUGCUCCUCUCGAACGGCUGGAUGGGACCAAGACUAGUGAUUUGUGUUAAUGAAUACUUGACUGAUCAGUUCUAUUGACUGAUAACAGAAAUAGAGUCGUUAUCAAUGAACAAGGUGUUGUAAAAUUCCAUAAAUUGCAAAGUAUUUGCAUAUUCGCUCUCAAACGGGGAAGAUAUGAUGCUGGCCAUUUACUUUGAAAGGCAAAUUUCUGGCGGAAGCGGCUCCUCCUCGUCCCGUCGUUCCAGCCUGCUGACAAGCACACCCAAGAAGAGAAUGUCCGCGGAUGCGGGUGGGGGUGGUCCGGCGAGCUUGAGUCUGCUUCUGCUCAACAAUAAUGAGAUUGCCUAUCUCAAAGAGAGCAACAACAGUAUUGGGAGUGGGAGUGGAGGCUGCUCGUCCCUCCCACCGAUGGACACGGUCACCCGACCGCCACUUAGCUGCUCAAUCUGUAGGGAUAAGUACAAAAAUCCUAAGGUGUUACCCUGUCUCCACACCUUUUGUGAGGGCUGCCUGAUCGACUAUCUGCCUCAAGAGUCCCUCUCCCUCACUUGUCCAGAGUGUCGACAACAGUCCAUUCUCCCAGAACGAGGAGUUUCCGACCUCCAGACUAACUUUUGUGUGUCCUCCCUCUCCAUGGAACUCGUCCGCGGGUGCGGCUACUGCGACAAGGGGGCCGCCUCGUUCAAAUGCCAUGACUGCGAUGUGGACAUGUGCGCGACAUGCUCCAAGACGCAUCCCUCAAAACAGGAUGGAAAGCCAGAAUCCUCGUGCCAUCAGAUUUCCCCCUUGCACCCCGUCGACUCCAACAGUAAUGAAAACGUGGGCAUGAAGAAAGAUGGUUCCUCCAACUCCCUGACAAAUACAGGAAAUAAGACGAAUGGUCAUCAAGACGAGACUGCUGCUGCUGCAGGAAGAUAUCUUUACUGUCCCAGUCAUGCUGGACAAACGCUCCGUUUCUUCUGUCGAGACUGCGACACUGCGGUUUGUUCCAGUUGUACGGACAUUGAGCACGGACGUCACUCCACGAUUCGCGUUCUUGACGCUGUGGCCGAGGAGAAAUUAAGGCUGCAACAAUUACUGGAUGGUAUUACGGAGAAAGUGAAGAAAUUAGAGGAUGCCGUCCAACUCGCGGAGACUGCGGCGGAGGAACUGGCUUCGAAUAAGGUUGUGGGAGAAGCACAGAUUUCAGCGGCUUUCGACCAACUAGUUACACGCUUGAAGGAGCGGAGAUCCAAUCUCUUGGACGAGUUGGAUCUUCAGUAUAAUGUCAAAUUGGAUCUAAUUCAUAAAUCUCGAACAGUUUUAAGAAAUCAUUUAAAAGAUGUCCAGGAGUGUUGCCUACUCACGGAGAAAGCACUCAGCCAUGAGAACGAGACGGAAAUAUUAUUCGUUAAGAAACAAAUUGGAGAAAGGUUGGAAGACUACGCGAAAAUGGAAGUGGACCAUGUCAACAUUCAGCAGCAGUUAGACCAUUCAUUGGAAUUUGAGCAUCUAACGAUCGAACGUCUCGAUCUGAAUGGCCUGGGUCGUGUCGUUUCUUCUCUCCACAAAGGUUGGGCUGUUUCCGGUGACGUGAUAGAAUCCCGAUGCGUUCCGAUCGGGAGACGCCAUUUUCUUCGCCUUUAUGCCCCCAUGACCCCACCGGGUGGAGACCUUUGCCUUGACGACAUUCACGUGUCCGCAUCCACGAAAGAUGUCGUCUACUCGCUCGAGCAGCCGAGAGAGUCUGACUCGCGUUGUUACAUUAUUCGGUUCCUCGUCUCUAGAAUUGGCUCCUUCAAUUUAUCUGUGGCCGUGAAAAAUCAGCACAUUUGCGGAAGUCCGUUUCAAUUCCACGCAUACGAAGGAGAAGACAGAUCCACAAAUUCGAGCCCAGGACCGUUUUACAACGGUGGAGGAACACCACACGGUCACUCCGUGUCUGCCACGGCCUCUCCCACGGGAUCAAAUUCCCUGUCCCGCAUCCCCCGUGCGAACGGUGCUUCUCCAUAUUCCCCCCGCUCAAGAAUGUCCACACCCACGAACAGAUUCUACAGUAAUGGACACAUCUCCUCGAAUAAGCAAGCUGCCGUUAACAAUGGACAUCACCACGGAUCAUUCCACGCUGGUUCAAGCUCUCGCCGUUCCGCCACCCUGGAGGACGACCUCAUCCUAAAAAUUGGAUCCCGAGGUCGGAACCGUGGAGAAUUUACGAAUCCUCAAGCCGUCGCUGCCUCGGCGAAUGGACGCGUCGUUGUCACCGAUUCGAAUAAUCAAUGCAUCCAAGUUUUUGAUAAUACGGGCGAGUUCAAGCUCCGUUUCGGUGUACGGGGAAGAACAGUAGGACAACUGCAGCGACCCGUUGGGGUGGCCAUUCUCCCAACCACGGGCAACAUUGCUGUGGCGGAUUACGAUAACAAAUGGAUCUCAAUCUUUGACCCGAAUGGCAAGUUUAUGAGCCGAAUCGGUCAUGGAAAGCUGUUGGGGCCGAAGGGGAUCACAGUUGACGGAAGCGGACUCCUCUACGUCGUGGACAACAAGGCGUCCGCCAUCCUCAUUUUCCAGCAGAAUGGGAAACUGGUGAAUAAAUUUGGAUCCAGGGGGAAUGACGAGGGCCAAUUCGCUGGUCCACAUUUUAUCGCUGUGAACUCGAAGGGAAACAUUAUCGUUACUGAUUUUCACAACCAUUGUGUUAAAGUAUUUGACCACGAGGGUGACUAUCUCUACAGCUUUGGUUCCAAUGGUGAGGGCAACGGACAGUUUAACGCGCCCACAGGAAUUGCCGUGGACAAAAAUGACAACAUUUUGGUCGGUGAUUGGGGAAAUAGUCGCAUUCAGAUAUUUGACUCGCAAGGAUCAUUCCAGUCGUACGUGAGUACAUCCGUAGAACCGUUGUACGGACCUCAAGGACUCACCGUGACGCCGGAUGGCUACGUUGCCAUCGCCGAUUCCGGAAAUCAUUGUGUUAAACUUUACAAAUAUGCAUGAAUCAUAAGAAAAAAGCCUGUCAAUCAAUACUUUCCAAUCUGCUGCAUCCCAUGCAUCACCACCGUUUAGAAUGAAGAGCAAUCUCAUAAAACCAAUUCCAUUUACCUAAAUAGAUCAAUAUUUAACUAAAGUUAUUCCUUAUAAAGCCACCUUUAAUAUUUUUAUUGUCUUAUAUUUUCAACCGUAAAGUUCUACGAAGGAUGUGGUCAGUUCGAAAUGCCAAAUGUGUAAAAACAAUCAAUUUUUUGAUGCGUUAAUUUUCUUCUUGACACAAAAAUGUAGGCAUCUGCAAACUAUAUGCAUAAUUAUGUAACCCAACCACGCAUCGCAAAGUUUUAUUUCUCUUACAGAAUGGACUGCUAUCAUUUAGUAUUAGUAUUAUUAAGUUAAUCAUUAUAUUAGUUUUACUGGAAAUUUUACUAACUCUAAUCAAGUCAAAUAUACAUAUAAAAUAAUAAAAGUCGGGAAAAACAUGAAACUAAUCCAACCAGCAAAAUGUCUGUGGUGUAUGUAAGUACUACAUAUUAAAAAUUCUAAAUAAAGUUACCAAUUGCGAAAAUAACUGAAUUUUUGACGAAUUAAAAAGACGGUUAAAAUAAAAGCAUACUAAAUUUUAAAA